AUGGGCCUCAGGUCGUCAAUCAACCGCAAUCUAACAGACAUUGUCGAACUCCACGAGGAACUCCUGGGCGAACUGCACCGAGUUGUACCAGACUCGGAGUAUACGCAGAUCGAUAUCUCGCCGUUAACCAGCAAAGUAACGGACCAUGGACAUCAGCGUCUGAGGAGUCUUGAUUCCGUGCCAGAAGACGACAACAGAGCCAUAAGCUGGCUGCAGGAAGUACCCGGGAUGAUCUCAGAGGCCCAGAUUGCCGGUGACGUGGCCAAGAUGAACCGCUUCUUUAUUUACGAGGAGUACGGGGCAAAGUACGAGAUGAUGAUCAAGGAUGUUGCUUCGGCUCAUCGGACCAUGCCGCAAUGGGAUACCUAUCAAAGAGGCAUCGAAGCAUUGGCGUCGUCGUUGGGUCCUGUGAGCACUCACAUCGACCAGUCAAAGAAAUCUCUUACCAUCGGAGACCUGCUUGUCAAGCCAAUUCAGCGCAUUUGUAAAUACCCGCUCUUGUUUGCGGAACUACUAAAGUACACACCCGUUGCCGAUUGUCCGAAUUCCCACAUGGAAGUCGAGAGCGCCCUUCUUCGAUUGCGAGAGGCAACGGCCGAGAUCAACCGAGCAACGAGCGACAGGCGGAUGAAAUCCACCCUGGAGAAGACAUGGAUCCUUCAGGAUCGUCUGGUGUUCCCCGAGCAAACCAAGGAAGGCGCCAAGGGACAGUAUAUGAUUUGUCUUCUCUACCACAACGUUCUGUGUUUAGCCUCAGCAAGCAAGGCCGACCAGAUUUACACCAUACAGGCGUGUAUCAAUCUGGGCAGCACAAAAAUCGAGGAAACGGACAAUGGACGAGGUACGUGA